GGGUAAUCAUACAAAAGUCGAGCUGGAGUGAGCAGGGGUCUGUAAACUCGAGCUCUGAGAGUGCUGAAGCUGUUUGGUGGAUAUCUCGACUUAUACCAAUCCAAUUAAGGCGUAUAAGAUACCAAAAGAAAUCUCUCAAGACGAGGAAUCCGUGAAGGUCUGGUUUGCAUCAAUCGGAGUAGUGGAAGGCUUCCAAAUCGUCCGAGCAAAACGCAACCUCGCAGAAACGGAUCUACUCCUCUAAAGGGCUGUUUUCGUAUCAACGUUUGAGGGUUGAGCUAGCACUUUGAGGAGGCUGUUUAACACUCAUAAUUAAGUAAGGAAUCAGUUCUUAAUCCACCUUGGCCAAAGCUUUGACCAUUGGAUCAAGAAGGAAAAGUUUAAAGCUCAAUUAAGGUUGAGGCUAGAGCUUGCAUCCUGUGCUCGUUGAUCGAGUGAUUCCUAGGAGAGAAGACUUGAAAUGGACCGUGGUGGCAGGAUUACUAGGAGAAACCCGACGGGCCGUGUACCAGUGGAGACUGGACAGGGCAGUCGAGGGACCUCUAGGGCAUCUAGAGGAGCUGGCCGUGGAGGCCGAUCACAGACCGUGAGUGACGGUCAUGUUGACACAGAAAGUGAAACCUACCGGUCCUAUGAGGACUCGACUUACCAACCGGAGACCGAGCAGGUUGAGACCCCUUACGAAGGGGAUGACGAUGAUGUAAGUGAUGAAGAAGGGGAGAAUGACUCCCUAGCCAGAAUUGAGGCGCUGCUCCAGCAAUAUCAGCGGGAGCGCGAGGAAAGGAGGGAACGCCGAAGGCGCCGAGGAGGGCGAACUUCGGGAGGGGCUUCAAGAGGAAGAAGCCAUGGCGACUCUAGAGCCCACAUUGAACCACACGGGGGCCGGGGUGAUGGAGGUCCGAUCAUAAGGAUCUCCAAAUACCUCAAAGAGGCACGAGACUUGGGGUGCAAACCCUUCAAUGAAGCAGGUGACAUCUCGGUCGCCGCGGAAUGGAUCAAGAGGUUGAACGAAGCAGCCCUUGAUAUGCAACUCACCCCCGAAUUCAAGCUAAGAGUGGCAGUAAGAUUGCUUGAAGGGAUGACAUCCACAUGGUGGGAUGGAGCCAAGGGGAAGUAUGGCAAUGUUGUGACUUGGGAGAAUUUCCGACAGGAGUUCUUUGCCCAAUACUAUUCUGAUUUUGAGGUGAACAAUAAGAGGAGAGAGUAUACCCUCCUAACCCAAGGUGGCAAGAUGACGGUGAGGCAACUUGAACACAAAUUCAGGGAACUCACGGAGUUCAUACCGGAGUAUGUCUGUGAUGAGAACCGGAUGGUAAAUCACUUCUGGGAUGCCUUAGACUUGGAGGUGCGUGAGAGGGCAACGCAGUUGCCUAACAUGACUUUUAGCCAGGUGGUCGAGCAGGGAUUGAAAGGGGAGAAGGAAUGGGAAGAAAGAAAGAUGAAGAACGCCGAAGAGGCGAAGAAGAGAAAAUGGGAGAGUCACGGCUCCCAAGGUUCCAACAAAAAGGGGAACCAUGGAGGGGGAUCUUUCCGUGCACCGCCGCCACCAUCUAGGGGCAACCAGGGCUCGAGCAGGCAUGACUCGGGGUCACAAGCCUCGGGGACGCCUCGUUGCUUGAAUUGCAAGAAGAGUCACCUCGGAAAAUGCCAUGAACCUCCUAGAUGCUUCCAAUGCGGGAACACCGGGCAUUUGAAGGCGCAUUGCCCACAAUUGGGUGGGCCAAGGUCAUCGGGACCAAGUAGCGGGGCUAAGGGAACAAGAAACCAAGCCGGGGGUUCCCAAGUAACCAGGGGGCAAGGGGGAGCAAGCGCGAGCAACGCGCCGUCCGUGAACCAAGGAAGGACCCAGGCUAGGGUCUACGCGAUGACGGAGGCGGAUGCUCAAGCUAACCCGGAUUCCGUUGCAGGUAUUACCUUUUUUAUACUUGUGUUUUACCCUUGAUUAGUCCAUAAAUUGAGGUUGCUAGUCGUUGGGAUCAUUGCACGAAGUUUUGGGGUCAAACGGAGCGAAAUCGGGCGAAAGACGGCUGAUUUUCGCCAACGCACACCAGGCUGGACCAUACGCACGGUCGUGCGUUGUCCGUGCGUUGGUCCGUGCGUUGGUGGCAGUAGCCACCGGGAAUAAAUUGCUAUACGCACGGCCGUGCGUUGUCCGUGCGUUGGUGGCAGUAGCAACCGGGAAGAAAUUGCUAUACGCACGGACGUGCGUUGUCCGUGCGUUGGUCCGUGCGUUGGUGGCAGUAGCUCCGUUUUGAGGUUAUAAGACACGCACGCCGUGCGUACCUCCUAGGCACGCCGUGCGUACCUCCUGGGCAGCCCAAAGUCGACUUUUUCGCGCCGUAUUGCAACGUUAAGACCCGUUCUUGAUCCCAAACACGUGUGUGAACAUAAUAAACCUCUCUAAAUGUAUAAGAAUGGUAGGAAAGGUAUCUCACAUGACUUAUAAAUGUAGGAACACUAAAGAUUAAUGGGAAGCAUGCGCGAAUCCUUAUCGAUACCGGAGCGCAACGUUCAUUCGUAAGUGAGGCGUUCGCCGAGGGCUUAGAGAUACAAUCAAUACCAAUGACGCAAACUUUAGUGGUAUCAACACCACUAGGGGAAGACGUUGAAAGAACCAAUUACUAUCCAUCUUGUAUGGUGGAAAUCGGUGGCCAAACCUUGACGUGUGAUUUCGUACCGCUGAGUAUGAUGGAGUUCGAUGCAAUCCUAGGGAUGGAUUGGCUAGAAAAGCAUCAUGCUAGGGUAGAUUGCUACACAAAGGUUUUGGAACUUGAAGGCAAUGAUGGGGAUACCCUGCGCUUCGAAGGGGGACCGAGGCAAAUCAAACAGCUGUAUCAUAUCCGCUGUGAGAGCGAGAAGUAUGAUGAGAAAGGGAUGUCACGCUUAUCUGGCAUACGUGGUUGACAAAACCAAGGAGGAAACGAACAUCGACGACGUGAGGGUGGUUUGUAAGUACCCGGAUGUCUUCCCAAAGGACCUGCCGGGGCUUCCACCUGAUAGGGAGAUUGAAUUUGUGAUCGAGGUCGAGCCCGGCACCAAACCAAUCUCCAUACCGCCAUACCGUAUGGCACCCGCUGAACUUAACGAGUUGAAAACCCAAUUGCAAGAGCUUUUGGAUAAUGGUUUCAUUAGACCAAGCCACUCCCCGUGGGGAGCACCGGUUCUUUUUGUGAAAAAGAAAGAUGGGACACUUCGAAUGUGCAUUGACUAUCGUCAACUGAACAAGGUCACAAUCAAGAAUAGGUAUCCUUUGCCUAGGAUUGAUGACUUGUUUGAUCAACUACGAGGAGCAACCGUGUUUUCGAAGAUUGACUUGAGGUCGGGGUACCAUCAAUUGAAGAUUAAGGAAGAUGACAUACCAAAGAGUGCUUUCCGCACAAGGUAUGGGCAUUUUGAGUUCCUUGUUAUGUCGUUUGGGUUAACAAACGCCCCAGCGGCAUUCAUGGACUUGAUGAACCGAGUAUUCCAUAAAUACUUGGAUCGAUUCGUGAUUGUGUUCAUAGAUGACAUCUUGAUUUACUCAAAGAGUGAAGAAGAGUACGCGGAGCACUUGAUACUUGUUCUAGAGACACUACGGGAGAAGCAACUUUAUGCCAAAUUUUCUAAAUGUGAAUUUUGGCUAAAGGAAAUUGGCUUUCUCGGGCACGUGGUUUCGGGAUCGGGAAUUGCUGUUGAUAACAAGAAGAUAGAGGCCAUUACCGAAUGGAAUAAAUGGCUGAAGAGAUUGUUGGCAGUUUGAGCUGAGCGAGUUUUGUCUGGGGUAUUAUUGGUGAGGUUAUAAAGGGACAUGAUGUUGGUGUAACAGGCAUGCGUGUUGGGGAUAAAAGAAGACUCACCAUUCCACCAGCUAUGGGGUAUGGAGAAAACGGUGCUGGAGCGGCUAUACCACCAAACUCAUGGCUUCUUUUUUAUGUCGAGUUAAUUAAUGUAAAUUGAUUCAUGUAAAUUGAUUCACCCGUAUUCUCUCUUUGAAAGUGUCAUCUUUUUCCCUUUUGGCCUCCUCUUUCUUUUUAUUAGCAAUCAAUUUUGAAACAUUUUGUAAUAUUGCAACUAUGUUAUGAAUUAUUGAACGUUUUGUAGGGUGG